AUGAUUUCCAAGUGGAUAAUGAUACCGACCAUUGCGAUAGUCUGUUUGGCCCAAGUGAGUUUUGUUAGAAUUUUUCGAAUCAUAUACACGAAAUUGUUUAAUACCUUAGAUAUGCCCAAUACUUGUAUAGUGUCAUUAUCACUAUUACAGACCUGUAAUAAAUAAAUGGACUGAUAGUAGAGAAAGAGGCAAAUUUUUGUUCCGAGGUAUUUAGAACAAGAAAAGCGAAUUUUGAGGUAUCAUUUAUAGAAGAACAAAUUCAAUAUCGCGAAAAUAAAAUGUUUAAUAUCAAUCUAAUUAUAUUCGUAAUAAUUGAUCUUUGCUUGCCAGCGAGAAGAGUUAUAAUGAUAAUAUUUCAAUAGUGAACGGAGUUUUUCCGAAGCUUAGACAGUUGACGAAGGAAUAGACCAGAUUGUUCUCUUAUUCCAGUCUUCAAUGAGUAUAUUCAACGUUCUCUAUGUUCAAUUAACAAUGUUGUCUUAGAGGGACUAUACAGAUAGGGUAUAUUAUGGAGUACUAUCAAUCUAUUUCAUCAUAUGUCUAUGAUCAUUACUUAUCUUCUAUAUGUUUUAGACUAGAUUAGUUUAGAAGGUGCGUUUUUUGUUGUUUUACAUUCGAUGCAUUAUGUAUAAUUUUGUUUUUUAAUAUGUUUGGCGUAAACAAGUUAUUCAUUAAUAAUAACCGAUAAGUACAUAAUGUAUAAAACACUAAGUCAUUCUGGAUGAAAAACCAAUGUAGAUACUCGUACUCGUAUAUUUAAUAGGAGAAAAUCGAAUUUGAUAUUAUAUUUAAUGAUUUCGGUUUUCUCCGAAAAUCUAUCUACUCAGAUUCGUUAAAAUCGUUAAAAAAAAAUAUAUAUAUAUAUGUAUUGUAAUAAUAAAAUAUCAAUGUUUCCGUUCGCGAGUUAAGUAAAAUCUAUUGCAGUAUAAUAUAUGAAAUAUGAAUGCUUUUAAUUUAUUUUUGUUGGUAAUUUAGUUUAUAACUUGUCCUCCGGGAAAUGAUGGAAAAUCAAAAACGGAUUCCCCAACACCUAAGACUACUUUGACCGUCAAACCUGCUGUUUCAUCCAAACCUAUUUCAAAACCUCCUUCGUUAAAAUCCGCUCAGUCCAAAACCGUGGAGCAAAAACCUCCUACCCAAUUAAAAACCAUUGUACCCAAGUCCGCAGUAGCACCCAAUUCCGCAGUUGCACCCAAGCUCGCAGAGUCACUCAAAAUCACAGCUGUGCCCAAAUCGACACUACCCAAAAAUGUUUCAGCCAAACUUCCCGCAGUAGUGCCUAAUGUCAUACCCAGUACCAAACCUACGGUAGAAGCCAAACCCCCACACACGGAACCUGAAGAAGGAGAAGAAGAAGAAGGAGAAGAAGAAGAAGAAGAAGAAGAAGAAGAAGAAGAAGAAGAACAACAACAACAACAACAACAACAACAACAACAACAAAAACAACAACAACAACGACAACAACAACAACAACAACAACGACCACAACAACAAAAACAACAACGACAACAAGAAGAAAAAGAAUUAGAAAAAAAAUUAGAAAAAAGAUUAGAAAAAAAAGACGAACGUUUUCAGGAUUCUCGUAUACAGGUAAUUUGUAUUGACGAAAAGUCCAUUUUUCUAUUAUUUUAACGUCUUUAAAAAAACUGAUAAAGUGCCAGUUUCAAUGCAUAAUAGUAUCAAUACAAUAUAUCGCAAUUAUAAUUUUGAAUCGUUGAAAAUCUACUAACACUUUCAAAAAAAAAAAAUACGAAUGUUGCGUGAUUUUAUAUAUGAUCUACAAAAAUGCAUACUUCGAGAAGGGAUUAUUACAUUAAUGUAGCUAAAUUGAAUUACAUUUGAUGGUAAAGGGGUCGGAAAUAUAUUAUUGUAUUGUCAAGCACAAUAUUUAUAUCGAUUAUGUGACGGGACGGGACGAGUUCGUGUAUUUACUCGUAUAUUAUAGAAAAUUGAACAAUACAUUUUUUUUUUUUUUUUUUUUGUAUUCACAAAACGAUUUAAUUUAUGACCUAUUAUAUUAUUAUACCUAUUUAUGUAUAAGUACACGGCCAAAACGUAGUUUCAGAUCUGAAAUGUGAAAAAAAUUGAAAGAGAAGGGAAUUAUAAAAUAAAAAAUAAAGAGUCUUAGUAUUUUUAAUUUUUAAGGAGAUAGUUAACUGGGUGGAAAAAAUUAGAUACUUCCGAAGACUUAAUAUUUUAGAGUUCCUAAUUUCACACAUAUAAAUAAUAAGCAGAAAUGUGUACAUUUUAUAACGUUUUGAUCUUGAUCAUAUACGCAGGAACGCUCGGAAAAUAAUCAAGAACCAGAACCACCGAAGAAAAGUAGCAUUCUUUCUCCACUUCUCAGUAUGUCCUGUAGAUAUUUGAUUUUGCGUCCGGCAAGAUUCAUAAUCAACGCGAUUUCAAGUAUAAAGAGGGUUAUAACACGCAUAAAAGAAUCCACACAAAGUCAAGAGUAAAUGCGUUGCGGCAAUUGUUUGUAUUAUAACAUAAUAUAGAAAUAUGUUAAUAAACGUUACCGAUCUACACGGACUAUAAUAUUAAAAAAUAAAAUUUAAAACAAUAACGGUGAAAAAUCUGUGUGCGUUUACUAUUAUUAUUAUUAUUAUUUUUUUUUUUAAAUACCUACAUUUUCUCCUUAACGGCAAUUUUAUUUACUAGCCGUUCUAUGCCGGACGUUGCCAGACUAAUUUUGUAUUCCUUUUACCUUUAUUCCCGUUCUGCUUGCUUUGUCCGUAUCAGUAUAUUGAACGGAAAAAAAAUGGAAAAAGGAUGUUCCGCCUAAUACUAAAAGUGGACUAAACGUGUUCUAGUGUGUCAUACAUUUUGUCAUCAGGGUUACCAUAGAUAACCGCACAGCACAGGUAUUAAACUGUUCAGGGUGUUUUUUUAGAUUCUGAGAGGAGAUAGGAAUGUAUUGGUUUUACAAUGGUGUUUUUUAUUUAUUUAUUUAUUUAUUUUUUUGUAUUUUUGCGGACACUUUUUCUAACAGCAAUUUUACUAUGGUUUUUCAUUCCUACUUCAUAUUUUUUUUAUUUAUAUAAUGUAUAUAUAUAUAUAUAUAUAUAUAUAUAUAUAUAUAUACCCUUUUAGAGUAGAUAUAAUAUUAAUUAAAAUUAGAUAUUAAUCUAUAAUUCAACAAUUUUUGUACCGAAAAAACCUAAAAACCUAUCAUUCCCUUCAAGUUUUACUAUCGCGACAAAAAGUAGCCUAUGUUUGUAUAAAAUGUAAAUCACCGAUUUUCGUUUUGAAAAUAAAUCGCAAACUCUAUUCGAGUUACGUACUAAAAGAAAUAUUUACCUAAUAUAUAUAAUUUUUAUAUGUAUAUGUAAAUCCAUGAUGUUGACGACAGAACGAUUAAAACUUGACAAUUACAACGGUUUUACAAAUGUAUUAUUUUUUGAGUGGUUGAACGCAACAGUGAUUUAUUUCAUUAAACAGGUAAACGGGAGUUAUAUAUUUAUUUAUUUUUUUAAAAAAUUAAAUUCACUAGUGGCGGACCUUUUUUCCCCUCAAAUAGACUAAACCGGAUCAACGUUUUAGCAUUGCUUCCUUCAGCCCGGCCUACAAUCUUAGGCGGAACAGACAGUUAGGUGAUGAAGCAACCCAAUCAGGCAACUACGUGACGUUAUCGCCCAUGCCGAGCUGUCGGAUACGUAGCCUGCUUCGCCCUUUUAUCUUCUUCCAACUUUAUCACGUUUGAGUGAUGGGUCUAAGAUGACGAUUAUUAUUAUUAUUAUUAUUUUUUUUUUUCUAGGAGGCAGAGGUUGUUCUUAAUUUGUGUUAAAUACUAUUACGUGUUUAGUCGAUUAUUUUAUAAGGCGUAAGAGUUAGUCAACUCAUGUGGCAGGUACAUACGUGUCAUGCCAAUGUAUGAAAAGUAAAUGAACACCGAACAAUCAAAAGUCAAUCAAGCACGUAAGUUAAGUAAGUAUAAUAACAAUAUGGGCCAGUGGUACUACAAUUUGCUCCAGUAUGGACAUUACUGAAACAGUGCUUAAGGUAAUCUCGUAUAAUUCGUGUAUUUUAUAGAAUAGGUACACUUCAAUAUUCUAAUCGACAGUCAAUUUAACGCACAAUACUGCCAUGUUAUAAUGUAUCGCUGUUUUAUUUUUGAAUCAUUGAAAAAAUAUUAGUACCUACACUGGAAAAAAAAUAAUAAAUAAAAAUUCUGUAUAAUAAUGAGUGCCUACACGAGAGCAUAUUGGAUAGCCUGGCGGGUUUAUUACAAAACUUUAGUAUAAGUUAAAUUUGACGGCCGCGUCAAUUUGUCAAAUUCCGUUUAAUUUGAUUAGCGUCUAGUUUCCGAACAAUUGGCGGAUAAUCGAUUACCUGAAGUUUGUUAUUGUACCUAAUUGUUAUUUGUUAAUGGAAUUUGUACAUUUUGCCUUAGCCAAUGAUAUUCGGCAAAAUGUCUCCAGCUCGAUAACACCGAAUUUGGAGUUUUACCGAGACUGUUGCUGUAGGCACAUGUGUUGUUUUUUUCAGGAUAAACUGACGCCAUCGGAUAAAUCGGUUUUGUUUUUAAAACGAACGUUUUUAUAAAUUCACGUAUACGCCUAUAUAAUAAUAAUUUCCCAUGUCACUAAUAAUACAUUAUAUUAUGCGCGUAUUUGUUAGUUUGUUACUUUUUUUUUUUUGUACUUUUUUCGUUAAUUAUAGAAUACGCGUACGCCACAGCUAUUAUUAUUUUUUUUACCGGCUUUAACGUCAAAUCGAUAUUUUCGCGACACUUGUGCAUAAGUGUAAUUAUUAUGACAAUAUUAUUAUCGUAGGUAGGUAUACUUUUUCGUCGUAGUAAACGAUUUCACGUUUUUUUCCUUCUUUCAGUUGUACCGUUGUCGAAUUUCAAAGACGCCGUUAUGGUUUCCAAACGAAUACUCAUCGCGUCGUCAAUCGCGAUUAUUUGUAUGGUUCAAGUGAGUUUAGCCCAUUUAAAUACGAUAUAAAUUUAUUUACACUCGCGUGUCGUCGAAACGAGCGGCCAACGUCAUCCGUCCCCCUCCCCCACCUCUCCCCGUCUAGAUAUCUUUUUAACCACGUUUGAGCGCAAUUGAUUUUGAAAACAAUUUCAAAAAACAACAUUGUCAAAAUUUUUACAACGGGCGCAUCGUAUAGUCAACUACAUUUCAAUACAAAACGUAUAAAAUCUCAAAAUUAUGGACCAUUAUAUUGUAAACUGAACUUCGUGGGUUCUAGCUAUAAUCGUGUUGAUGUUCACCAACAUUAUAAUAGCAUGCUGUAUCCGCGUCAAGUACCUAUUUGAAGCACGUUUACUUGUCCGGUUAAUCUGGCCAUAGCUUGACCUGCGAAAUCAGCCUUUCACGGGAUUUCAAAACAAUAUUAAUAAUAAUAUAAAUAUAAUUCUAGAAAAAAAUAAAAGUAGACAGAUCAGUACCUAACCUAACCGAGUCUAUCGGACUCAGUUCAAUAGGUUAGGUUUAUCAUAGCUCAAAGAUCGUUCGGCAACAGUAUAUAGAACGAUUCGUUUAACGUAAAACACUCAUUAUUUCACAAAUCAUUGAUUUUUUCAAACAAAUUAUUUUUGAUAAUUUAAGAAACAAGCAGCUUAGAGCAGCUCUAAAAUGUUGCACUGUUUUUAUUUUUUCGGGACGGUCGGUGAAGCCACUAUUUACUUUUGAUUUUCAACUGGUAACCUAUAAUCAAAAUUCCAUACAUUGUUGGAGGGGAAAUACAUUUUUCACUUUUAUGUUUGGGUACAUGGGAAGAGUAGGGGAGUGCUAUUAAAACGCUGCGUGCCUGCGUGCCGUGCUGCCACAUAAAUAAUGCACCACCAUUUUCCUUCCACUUAAAAUUAAAAGUGAAACAUCUCGUCAACGGGUUGACGGACAUUAAAAAUGUUGACACCAAAAUUCACACACACACACACAAACAUACAUACACACAUAGUACAUACGUGCAUACAUUCAUACAGAUAAUAACGUCUGCGUCCGUAUUCACAUUAGAGAAAAAUUGUUUUUUUUUACGUUUACCUAGGUCAGGGGUGACCAAACAUUCGAUCACGAUCGACCGGUAGAUUGCAGAUGAUUUAAAUGUUGAUCUCCAUUUUGUUAAAAUGUAUGUUUAUCUAAUUAGUAAAUAAAUAUAAAAUAACAAUUGCUGAUCAUUUUUAUCUUUAUUUUGUUAUAAAUUUAUCAAAUAAUACAAUAUUCAACAGAGUUUAUCCAAACAAUUGUAUUUACAAUAAUAUUAUAUUCUUCUUGAUAAUAGUAUGAUGAAAAUUAUUGUUGAAUUCAUAUUAUUCGUUUAAUUUCAUAAUAUUGUGUGCUCGAUAGUUAAUCAACCCAAUUUCUAUAAACACUGAAAAAUGAAUCAUGUCGAAUGUGUAAUCCGUUUUUGUCACGUAAUUCAUGCGAAAAACACGAUAAAACUACAAGUCUUAUACUAGUACAUCCGAUAUGAUAAACAAUUAUAUAAUCGUAUUUUAUAAGGAUAUUUAUGUAUACCUAUGUUCGUAAUUUAUUGAGUAAAUUUCAGUUAGUUGCUUGUCGACCGGACGGCGACGACGACGAAGAAGAUAGCAAACCGGCGGCGGCGGCGGCAGAUGAGGCUACUCCGGGCGUCAAUACCAAACUGUCACCUAAACCCCCGGUAUCGUUGAAACCCAAACUGCGUCAAUUCGCAAUAAUACCAACCCCGGAAACAUUAAAGGUAGUGUACUAUUAUAAUGUUAGCGUUACUGAUGUCGAAUCAGGUCGAAAAAUCGUCGUAUUGGAAUGAAAAUUAAAUUCGUAGGAAAAUGAUAUAUUAUUGGUGUUUUAUUGUUUAUACUCGCAGGACGAUAAGGAAAAAGAAGAAGAAGAAGAAGAAAAAGAAAAGAAACCGAAACCCAAGAAGCAUAAUUAUAUCAUUCGAAAAAUAAUCGCGCUGCCCAAAUUAAUUUGCAGUCCUUUCAUAUCUAUUUGGAAUAUAUUUAAAAGAGGGACAAGACACUUUGGUCUCUUCAAGAAGAAGAUUGCCGAAGAAGAGGAUUGA